CCAUGCUCUGCCCUCCUCUGAUCCAGGGACAGCUUGAAAACCGGCAGCAUGGAGCACAUGUCCUCUCCGGUCAGAUUCCACAGCAAUAAAAAAGCUUCAACUUUCUCGGGCAAGGAGCUGUCCAGCCUGUCCAUAAGGGACCAGGAGGAGAUGCGUUUUCCUUACGCCAUGAGGGAUCUGCCUCUUCUGUCUCACUCUGGUGAACUGCACCAGAUACCAGGCCACCGUGAAACAGAAGGAAAUGAGACUCCGACCAAUGGGAGACACCACAGCCUUCCCGGGACUCCUUCUCUGGCCCGCACUAUCCCCUUCCACCCUGGUGGCUCUCCAGCGGUCUCUCCCAGACAAAAUUAUGUGAGACUGGAUCCGGAAUUUCAGCAUCUAUCGCUGAGGAAGCAGAUUGUCUCUCAGGUGUCUCUGGAUUCUCCGCUCAGCCCCUCCAUGCGUCCGCGUAGCCCCUGGGGACGCUUCGACCCCUAUGACUCUCCUGAGGAUCAGGACAAGGAGUACGUGGGUUUUGCCACAUUACCAAAUCAGGUCCAUAGAAAAACAGUGAAGAAAGGUUUCACAUUUACACUUAUAGUCGCAGGGGAGUCCGGUCUCGGUAAAUCCACACUCAUUAACAGUUUGUUCCUCACGGACCUUUACAAAGACAGAAAAGUUCCUAAUGCUGAAGAGCGGAUCAGUCGGACAGUCGCCAUCAUCAAACACACCAUCGGCAUCGAGGAGAAAGGGAUCAAGCUGAGGCUCACCAUCAUAGACACACCGGGGUUUGGGGAUGCCAUCAACAACACAGAAAGCUGGAGGCACGUAGAAGACUACAUCGACCAGCAGUUUGAACAGUACUUCAGAGAUGAGAGCGGGCUGAACAGAAGAAACAUUCAGGACAACAGAGUCCACUGCUGCCUCUACUUCAUCUCUCCAUUCGGACACGGCCUUCGGCCUCUGGAUGUGGACUGUAUGAGGGCAUUGCAUGAAAAAGUCAAUAUAAUUCCUGUGUUGGCCAAAGCGGACAGCCUGACUCCAGCAGAGGUCUGCAGAAAGAAGAUGAAGAUCAGAGAGGAGAUCAAGCAGUUUGGGAUAAACAUCUACCAGUUUCCUGAAUGUGAUUCAGAUGAGGACGAAGACUUCAAGACACAGGAGCAGAUACUCAAGAACAGCAUCCCCUUUGCAGUGAUCGGGAGUAAUGUGCAGGUGGAGAGUAAAGGUCGCAAGUUCAGGGGUCGUGUCUAUCCCUGGGGGGUGGUAGAAGUGGAGAACCCGGCUCAUUCCGACUUCCUGCUGCUGAGGAACAUGCUGGUGAGGACGCACAUGCAGGAUCUGAAGGAUGUGACGCGGGAAAUUCACUAUGAAAACUACAGAGCUCAGUGCAUCCAGAACAUGACACGCAUGGUGGUGCUGGAGAGGAAGCGCAGUUUGCGAGAGAAAUAUCAGGACGGGAGUGAGGCGGACUUUCCUCUGCCUCUGGCCAUCACCGACACCGAGAAGGAAAGACUGAUCUAUGAGAAAGAUGAAGAGCUGAGGAAGAUGCAGGAAGUGCUGGAGCGGAUUCAGGAGCAGAUGCAGCACAGCCAGAGAGGCGGCUGCUGAUUCUCACCAUACUUCCAUGGAACAGGAGACAGACGAGGAGCGCCCAGCACCCAGAGGAGGCCUUGGCAAUUAAAAAUGAACAAGACAUCAGCCAAUUUGAAAUUGGGUGUGUUUCUGGUUGUUCUUACUCAGGACAGCUUGCUGUGAGAAUCGUGGCUGGAAUCGUGACUUUCCUGAGAUACAAGGAAAGGUUUCAGAGUAUUUUCCCAGAUCUAACUCCAGGCAUGGAGCCCUUUUGAAAAGAACAAUCAGAAACUUUACCUUAAAACAACACAGUCAGAAGAAGCAAGUCAGCAGGAGAACUGAUUUGGAUUUUGUGGAGUAACCAAAAACAGGGUUUCUUUAAGCAACUGUUUCAGUUAUAUGAGUUAAAAAAAAAAGAAAUGCAAGUUUGUAUUUUGAGUAGAUUUUAUCGGCCAACACUGCAGCAUAUUUAUAUAAGAUUUUUAACAUGAGGUAUGGCCUCCUCUGGACAUGAUUCAAGCAGUCACACACACUGCAGUCAGUCACAGCAGUCACAGUCACAACGUUGGGACCACUGGUUUGGGCAUGUGGGAAACUGAGCCAGUUCUGAGGUGUACAAAAUGAGUUCAUUUGUUAACGAGUAACCAAACCCACUGUUAACCAAACCAAUCAGCCAGAUCUGAAAACCACUCACAGGGUAGUUUGGGUGGAAUUAAAAUGAUGUACUGAGAAGUGGAUUUAAAACAAAGAUUGAAAACACAUUUCACACAUAAAACAUGCAUUUCUUUUUUUUUGUAACAGGUAUGUGUGUGUUUCUUUACUGUGUGGGAUCACAUCUUUAUCAAUAACCUUGAUGAAAAAACUGCCACAAAUGAAUAAUUCCCUCAGCAAAUAAAUUAUUAAAAAGUAAAUGUAUUAACAAAUAUUUAAAUGCUAUAUAAAUUAACUUUUACUUGGA